AUGCCAGGUUUAGAUUUUAUUUCUAGGUUUCCAGUUAGGGCACUUUCUACUGUUGCCGAAGGUGCUCAGAAGGCUAUAAUAGGAGGAAGAGUGAAAUCUACUGUGCAGCAAAGGAUUCUAGAGUCGACAGAGAAGGCAUUCGAGGAAGGUAAACCUCACUUUAAAGUUGGUGGGACAAAGCAUUAUUUUCCGAAGGCGAGGAUUAUUUUGUUGAGACCCAAUGCAAAGCAUACGCCAUACCAAGCAAAGUUUAUUGUGCCAAAAUCGUUCAAUAAGUUAGAUUUGAGAGACUAUUUAUAUCACGUGUACGGGUUGCGUGCUCUGAACGUAACAUCACAGCUGUUACACGGGAAAUAUGUGUACUCUGGUCCUAAUACCUCCCGUUAUCGUGAGCCUCAGAUCAAGAAGAUGACCAUUGAUAUGGCAGAGCCAUUUAUUUGGCCAGAAGAGCCUGAAGAUACAUCUGCUUGGAUGGUAGAUUUUGAAAAGGAGUUGGGUAAAUAUAAUAAUGAGGCCCAUGCUUUAGGUUCGGAUGCGUUUAAACCAGGUACAGCCUUUGGCGGAGCUCUAGGGCCAUACAAGGAGGUUGCGCAGCCGUUCAUUCCAAAGAUGAUGAAGAGACGUGCACUAAAUUCAAAACGUAAAAUGGAGGAGAGUAUUGAACGCCUAGAGAAACUUCAGAAAAUUAAUAAUUACGUUUGUUAA